AGUAAUGAGGCCCAUUUAGGUUCCAUACCAUCAUUGUGAGGACAUUUUGUCUGGUCCAUUUAGGACUAGAGUUAGAGUUAGUGAAUGUAUUAUGUCAGUGAGUUUCCUCAUAACUAGAGAGAGACGCGCGUGUGUGUGUUAUCACCUGUGUGUGUUAUCAUCUGUGUGUGUUAUCACCUGUGUGUGUUAUCAUCUGUUUAAAAACAACAAAGUCGAGUCAAAGUUCACUGUGACGUCACGAACAGCCGUGAUAAUAGCCUGAAGCUAACGUGAAGCUAACCUAAAGCUAACGUGAAGCUAACCUGAAGCUAACGUGAAGCUAAUGUGACGCUAACCUGAAGCUAAUGUGAGGCUAACCUGAAGCUAACGUGAAGCUAACCUGAAGCUAACGUGACGCUCCAGCAGCCGAACAGACAGGGCGCAGGUGAGAACCGGGUGGGCUCUCCGCUGGACCGACUGUUCACACGUUUGAUUCCUUGUGUGUCUUUAUCAGGUCCAAUCGGAACUGGUCGAGUUGAUGAUCGAGCGUAGAACCAGAGAACCGGACUGUUUCCGCUCCCACCCUCGGGACCAUGGCCAACCCACUGAGAGCUGAAGUGGUUCGACUCUAUAAAAACCUCCUCUACCUCGGCCGGGAGUAUCCCAAAGGAAGCGACUACUUCAGAGACCGGCUGAGAUCUGCGUUCACCAAGAACAAGCUGGUCCAGGACCCGGCGCAGAUCCAGGAGAUGAUCGCCCGAGGGGAGUACGUGGCCCGAGAGCUGGAGGCGCUGUACUACCUGAGGAAAUACAGAGCCAUGAAGAAACGCUACUACGAGGAGUAGACACGUCUCAAGAUCAGGUCUCAAUGAGAAAACAUCUGAAUCGAUUUCAGGAAUAAAACAUCAGCAGCAGCUUCGAGGUUUUAUCAUUUUAUUCCUGCAAAAUCAGCAAUGACAGAAAACAUUUAAAUAAAAGUAUAAAAAAGACAA